AUGGAUUGGCCGGCUCUCACCUGCUGCACCGCGGUCAUGAUCCUUCUCUUCCUGCCGUUGAGUGCAUCCGACGACCGGCUUGUCCUCGGCAAGCCGCUCUUGUCGGACGCCAUCAUCGUCUCCGAUGGUGGUGCCUUUGCUUUGGGGUUCUUCGCCCCUUCCAACUCCACUCCGGCCAAGCUGUACCUUGGCAUAUGGUACAAUGGCAUUCCCGAGCUCACUGUGGUGUGGGUCGCCAACCGAGAAACCCAGCUCAUUAAGAACACUUCCUCUUCACCGAUGCUCUCGCUCACCAACACCUCCAAUCUCAUUCUCUCUGAUGGUGAUGGUGGCGGCCGUGUCAUCUGGACUACCCAGGUGGCCACUACCCCGGCCUCGUCUACCUCGACGGCGGUGCUUUUGAAUAACGGCAACUUCGUUAUUCGCUCGCCAAACGGCACCAUGCUGUGGCAGAGCUUCAAACACCUGACAGACACGCUCCUUCCAGGGAUGAAGAUCCGGUUUAGAUAUGUGAUACAUGGCGAAGAAGAGCGCCUGGUGUCUUGGAAGGGCUCCGACGACCCCUCACCAGGACAUUUCUCCUACGGUGGUGACACAAACACUUUGCUCCAGUUCUUCCUUUGGGACGGGGCGCGACCGGUGGCCCGCAGCGACCCGUGGACGGGCUACCUUGUGAAGACGGAGCGGCGGUACCAGCAGGUGAACACCAGCACAGAAGUCAUCGUCUACCUGGCCGUCGUCGACAGCGAAAAGGAAAUCUACAUGACCUACAGCCUCUCCGACGGUGCCCCACGCACCAGGUUUGUGCUAACUCACUCCGGUCAUUAUCAACACCACAGUUGGAGCAAUAGGUCGUUGACGUGGGAGGUCCUUGGGCAGUGGCCGUCCGCCGAAUGUAGCAGCUACGGCUACUGUGGCCCAUAUGGCUAUUGCGACGAGACAACAGCACCAGUCCCAACGUGCAAGUGCCUAGAUGGUUUUGAGCCGGCAAACAUGGAGGAGUGGACCAGCGGCAGGUUCUUGUCAGGGUGCCGGCGGAAACGGCCAUUGGGUGGGUGCGGUGACGGCUUCUUGGCCUUGCCAGGGAUGAAGUCACCAGACGGGUUUGCGCGCAUCGGCGGUAGUAGGAGUACGUCCGAGGAGUGCGCAGCUGAGUGCAACCGCAACUGCUCCUGUGUGGGGUACGCAACUGCUCCUGUGUGGGGAGACGUGGCAAGGUGCUUGAUGUGGGCAGGGGAGUUGAUUGACACUGGGAAGUUAGGCACAGAGCUCGGUGGAGAGACGCUCUAUCUCCGGCUUGCAGGCAUGGACGUAACUGCUGGUAAAAGGAUAAAGGGCAAUGCAGUGAGAAUUGUACUGCCAGUUUUAGGCAGCAGUGUUCUCGUACUCAUCUUCCUGGCAUGGUUAAAAUUAAAAGGUAUGUUCACUUGGCAUCCUUACGAAAAAAGAUGCAUUUGAUCAACUUAAAAGAAUUUCCAAUUAACAACCCGAUUCAGGCAAGUCGCAUGGAGUUACAGACUACUCCCUCCGACCCUUCAUCCCAUAAAAUAAGAUCGUUUUUCAAUCUAUGUUAGUUGGAAGAAUGAUCUUAUAUUAUGUGACGGAGGGAGUACAAAU